CGAUUUUCAGAAACUCGAAUUUCAUUUUUCUUUUUCUUUUUCUUUUUAAAUUUUUCUCUCUACUCUCGUGAAACGCGUUUCUCACACAGCUCCGAGAAACCACAGCAACAACAACAGGAGAAUUGUAAGUUAUCAAGGAUGUUAGAGCAGUUACUGAUAUUUACAAGAGGAGGGUUAAUCCUGUGGACUUGUAAAGAACUUGGGAACGCUCUGAAAGGUUCACCGAUUGAUACCUUGAUCCGUUCCUGCCUUUUGGAGGAGCGAUCUGGUGCGGCAUCGUACAAUUAUGAUGCCCCUGGUGCUUCCUACACCCUCAAGUGGACCUUCCACAAUGAACUUGGCAUUGUGUUUGUGGCUGUGUACCAACGGAUCCUUCACCUCUUGUAUGUGGAGGAUCUGCUUGCUAUGGUGAAGCGGGAGUUUUCGCAGGUUUAUGAUCCCAAAAGGACUGCAUACCCUGAUUUUGAUGAGACUUUUAGGCAGUUGAAGAUGGAGGCCCUGGCUCGUGCUGAGGAUUUGAAGCGUUCCAAUUUGAAUCCUGUUGCUGGGAAUACGAAGAAGCAGGUGCAGGGUAACAAUAAGUUGGGAUUUGAGGGAGGGAAUAAGAAGAAGAGUGGUGGUGUGGUGAAGAAUGGUGGUGGUGGUGGUGGUGGUGGUGGUGGUGGUGAUGGUGGUGGUGGUGAUGGUGAUGAUGCUAAUGGUAGGAAGUUGGAGAAUGGACACUCCAAUGGCAAUUUUGUUGCUAAAGAUGCUAACCUUAGUGAUGUGAAUGGUAGGGAGAAUGGAAGUCCCAAUGUUGGGGCUUUUGAUGUACAUAAGCUUCAGAAGCUUAGGACUAAAGGUGGUGGGAAGAAGGCAGAUACUGUUGCCAAGGCCUCCAAGGCAGAACCAAACAAGAAAGUUACAAAAAAAAAUAGGGUUUGGGAUGAUGCUGCAACUAAGGAAACUAAACUGGACUUUACUGAUCAUGCUGGUGAGGAUGGGGACAGGAACAUAGAUUUUGUGGCUGCAGAUCAAGGUGAAAGUAUGAUGGAUAAAGAAGAGAUUGUUAGCAGUGAAAGUGAAGAGGAGGACGAGGAGGAUGUGGGGAAGAACAGAAAGCCUGAUGCCAAAAGCAAGGGUUGGUUUUCAUCCAUGUUCCAGAGCAUUGCAGGGAAGGCAAAUUUGGAGAAGUCAGACUUAGAACCAGCUUUGAAAGCUCUAAAGGAUAGGCUCAUGACCAAGAAUGUGGCUGAGGAGAUAGCUGAGAAACUCUGUGAAUCAGUGGCAGCAAGUCUUGAAGGCAAAAAGCUGGCUUCAUUUACAAGGAUAUCUUCAACAGUGCAGGCGGCAAUGGAAGAAGCACUUGUUCGAAUUUUAACUCCUAGACGUUCAAUUGAUAUACUAAGGGAUGUGCAUGCUGCCAAGGAGCAAAGGAAACCAUAUGUUGUUGUAUUUGUUGGUGUUAAUGGUGUUGGAAAAUCUACUAAUCUAGCUAAGGUUGCUUACUGGCUUCUGCAGCACAAUGUCAGUGUUAUGAUGGCAGCUUGUGACACAUUUCGAUCAGGGGCUGUUGAGCAGCUGCGGACUCAUGCUCGUAGACUUCAGAUCCCUAUAUUUGAGAAGGGCUAUGAGAAAGAUCCGGCCAUUGUGGCAAAAGAAGCAAUUCAGGAAGCUUCACGCAAUGGUUCAGAUGUGGUUCUUGUUGAUACAGCUGGUCGUAUGCAGGAUAAUGAACCACUGAUGAGAGCACUGUCAAAGCUCAUCUACCUGAACAAUCCAGAUCUGGUCUUAUUUGUUGGAGAAGCACUUGUUGGUAAUGACGCAGUUGAUCAGCUUUCAAAGUUCAAUCAGAAAUUAGCUGACCUCUCAGCAUCAGCUAAUCCAAGAUUGAUUGAUGGUAUCUUGCUCACAAAGUUCGACACCAUUGAUGACAAGGUGGGAGCUGCACUUUCAAUGGUUUACAUAUCUGGAGCUCCUGUCAUGUUUGUUGGCUGUGGACAGUCUUAUACUGACCUCAAGAAACUCAAUGUCAAAUCAAUUGUGAAAACUCUCCUAAAAUGAGGGCACUAUUUUACCUUGCAAUGCUGUUCACCUGUCGUGUGUUUCUGUUUGAUGAUGAACUUGUUGAUCCUCGUUUAUCCCAUUACUUUGUGAGGAAAAAAUACUGUGGCUUUGACAUUCAUGCAAUUUGGUUUGUUUAGUUAAGAAGCUUGUAUUCAGCAUCGUCCCUACUUGCACCCUUUUGGGGUGCUUCUUCAUGAGUGUAAUAUAUAAGGUGCAGUGAAAGACGUUUCCUAAUAUACUCGAGACCUUCUUCCUUCCA